GAGACGAGCCAGCAACUAUCGGAAUGCGUGUUGUAUUGUAAACAGCGCAUCGUAGCGGUAUAGGACGCUGUUCGUACUUAAGUACAAUUAAAAAGACCCUGCGCAAUAUUAUUACGGGCUUGGAUUUAAAUUAAAGACUGUGAUUCGUUGUGUAAUGUGCGGUGACUUGUGUUCUUGAUCUUUACUGUUUGUAAUUAUUGCUGAUGAACCGAAAAGAGAAUGAGCCGAUAGCAAAGUAACCCAUACACGUGGUCAUAUAAGGGAUGAGUAAGGAUGGAGAGUUCGCGGGAUUGUCAGAAUGUGUUCCUGUGGGUGUUGGUGUUCUUGGGAGGAAUUUUGGCAGAUAACGAAUAUAUGGUAUCAAAACCAGAACAAAUCACUCUUGCACUAACUUACGAAACCAGAUUAACAUGUGAAAUGAACAUCGAACCCGAUAAAUUCGAAUGGAAGAUCUAUCCAACCACCGACUAUUACAACCCAAUGGCUGACAUACACCUCAACACUUCAAAUUUCCACGUAAAACCUGAUUUCAAAGAAUUGAGAAGUGAAAGACACAACAGACAAAGAAAGAAAUCUUAUCUGACAAUAAAGGCAAACAACAACGAUGUUGCAGGCGAUUAUCAAUGCCUGGCUUAUUAUGGAGCGUCAGUUGUAGCUAAUGUGCCGUGGAGGAUAUCCAUUGCUAAGCAGAACGACUUCUCCUAUCAACCAAACGCUCAUGCGGAAGUUACGGAAGGAAACACCGUUUCUUGGAGGUGCGAACCUCCGGACACCAAUCCGGAGGCUUAUAUUGAUUACUACAAGGGCGACCAACUUAUCAUGCCACCCUUUGAAGAGCCUAAAAUUAAGUCGCUACUUUUAGAAAAAGUACGCUACGAAGAUAGUGGGCAAUAUAAAUGCACCGCCGCUGUCAAUGGUAUUAAGUACACUUCCAAAGCGACAUUGACUCUAAAGGUGCACAGGCAUAUGGAAAAUAAAGAGCCCAGCUUUAUUAUUAAACCUAAAGAAACAUACACCGUUACAAAAGGAAGUAAUGUUUUCUUGGAUUGUGCGGCCGUUGGCAAUCCCGUCCCCAAAGUCGUGUGGUACAAAAAGAACGGUCCAUUGCCGGAGGACAGAAUCGAUAUGAUCAGCGGAGGUUUAAAAAUACGCAACGUUACAUCAUCAGAUGAUGGAGUGUACGUUUGCAACUACACAAACCCAAAAGGCACAGUUUCCCAUCAAAUCACUGUAAUAUACAAUGAAGCUCCUAGCAUAGACUGCCCUGUAACUAUAACUGACGUAAGACAAGGAGAGAAUUUAGACUUGGACUGUACUGUAACAGGUACCCCCGAACCUAGAAUCACAUGGUUCCUAAACGGAUACUCCGUUAACGAUAGUUCAAUAGAAGCCAUAGGCAACAAAAUAUACAUAAGACCUGUUGACAAAAAGCAUGCGGGUAACUUACAAAUUUUCGCAAGAAACUCAGUAAAAACUGUAUAUAACACAAUAAGUGUGCGGGUACUACCUAUACCGUCGAGCGGUUCAAGCGCACCGGUGAAAAGCCCAUCCAGACACCGAAAGCGUCCGAAGAAACCCCAAAAAGGUAAAGGUAGAACGCCAGAAAUGAUCCCGCCAACCAAACCAAUUAUUUCGAGGGUGAACGAUGAAUCGGUUAUGGUGCGAUGGUCGGUGCCUCAGAACAGUGGGUUACCGAUCCAGUUCUUCAAGGUGCAGUUCAGGGAACUGGGACAGGCUUCUUCCACCGAACCGCACAGGGGUAAAGGUUGGAAGACGUUGAAUGCUGACAUACCACCCACCACGUACAAUUAUGAAGUUAGAGACUUGAAACCGGAGCAUAUUUAUAAGUUUAGGAUUGCCGCAGUUUUUAGCAACAACGACAACAAACCCAGCAAUAAUUCUGAUAAAUUCCAUUUGAAACGACUCGACUUCGAUGACCGAAAUCCGUUACCCGUACCCAUUCUUCUGGAUUCCGAAACCGUCAAUUCUACGUCAAUUAAAAUAUACUGGAAGCUUCCCGACGAUGUAGAUCCAAAUGCAGCCAUAGACGGAUAUUAUGUAAAAUAUCUUUCAUCAAGUAAAGCUGGUGAUUACUUAUCAGCUACAAUUGAUGGAAAAAAUACGAGCUCGUACAUCAUAUCUCAUUUGCAGCCUGACAUGUUGUAUGAUAUAAAACUACAGAGUUAUAACUCUGGUACAGCAAGUGGCUUUAGUGACAUUAUGAAGGGUAAAACAGCUGCUGCUCCAGUCAACAUUACCACAACAGUACCACCUCCAAUAGCCCCAGCUGCUAUAAACGAAACCAAUUUAUACAUUUAUAUUGUUAUUGGUGUAUUUUUAGUGGCUUUGCUUGUAACCAGCGUUGUAAUGUUGUUUGUAUGUAGAAAAUGGAAGAAAAAGAAAAGCUUAAAUGACAACAACAAAACAGGCGUGGAGGAUCAUCAUAUUCAAGCAGACGGUAAUGAUUUUGUAGUCGGUACUAAAAGCUUGCCGCGAUCUAAUGGAGUAGUAUCUAAUAACAGGAUUACAAUUACAGCUAAUCCUUUAGCAGAUGCGGAAAACAAGAAUCAAAACAUGAUUGAAAUGUCCUGUAUCACUGCUCAAAACAACAACUUCACACAGCCUUCUUCAACGGCCGGUGAAGAACAACCGGCUUCAUCAAAAUCUAAGAGCAGAGAUAAAAACAAACGUAACAAAACUGUGGACAGUAAGUCCUCGGGCGAAAAUUACGUUUGAUAGAUAUUACUUAAUUUAAAAAAAGUGACUGAUUGACGUUCUAUUAUAGUGGCUGAAAGCAAAAAACUGUUAGAUUUAAUUUUUGUGUUCUAAACACCGUGUAUAGUAUGAUGCAGUUUCUUGCCUGAGUUCGGAUCAAGCUGAAGCAACGAUCUAAUAUAUAAUGAAUAUAUUAUUUAUUAAAACUGUUCACUUAAUAUAUGUAUAUACGUUUUUGAUAGUAGUUCAUUUGUGGAAACUGCCUUCUCGUGAAUUAAGUUUUAAUAAUUGUUUUAUAACUAUUACUGUUUGAAAGAAUACCCAUAGUAUACAACAUAUAUAUUUAAUUGUAAAAUCUUAAAUUUUUGAACAAACAGGAGAUCUGAAAAUUUUAGAUUUCUCAUUUAUUUAUUUACUAAUUAAUUUGUUAAAUCUUUGAUAUUGUACAAAUCUUAAGUUUGGCAUAAGACUGUGAUAUUUUUUAAUGUGUUUUUAUAUGAAAUGUUUGUGAAGAUUAUAUAAUUAUAUUUUUGUGUGAAUUAUUCUCUUACAAUGUCAAAGAUGCAUGUGUAUAGAAUUUUGUAUAUAAUAGUAUCAAAAUAGGCCAUUAUGCAGUGUAUAUAUUAAAUUUCAACUUAGAACUUUAUACACUGUAAACAGUUUUUUAUUUACACAGAUACACUUUAAAGAUUGAUGUGUGAAUGAAAUACUGUUUUUAACAGACUUAUUGUAUUUUUUUCGAUUCUUUUUAUAACUCAUUAAUUAAAUGUAACGAUUUUAACAGUAUUAAUUAUUUAUUGUCAUGUUUAAUUUAGGCAGCUAUAUAGGAUUAGGUUGUAGGAGCAAAAUAAGCUUUUAUUGUGCAAAUACGAAUUUAGUAAUUUAAUUCAUUACGGAGCUUAUGGUUUUGCUGAUUCCUAUUUUUGUAAAGGCUGUUUAACAUAAGAUUACAUUAUGUUUUCAAUAGACAUUUUGUACUUACUUCCAUUUGUUUAUUGAAUUUUAACAGUAUAUUAAUUAGAAAAAUAUAUACAUAACUUUUUUUUUGUUUUUGGCGUUCAUUUUUGUAAAUAUAUAAUUUCAA